AUGUUUCUCGAUCCAGCCGAUGCAGUACAAAAUCCCAUGUUUCGAGACAGGUCCAUACGAAACCUCCGAGGUGUAAAGAUGUUACGCUCAAAAUGGGCCACAUUUUGGCCAUGUAUUGUUAGUUGUUUCGAGGCUCCUGUUUCGCACGAUAAACCCCUAGUCAGGCUGAAGCGGCUGAUUGGUGGCUUCGGGGGCCCAAGUGCGGGUUCUUGGUCCCACUGUGAGACGGCGGCGCUCGGCCCCAUGGAUGGGAUUCUGGAGGAAACUCGAAACCCAGCAUGCGAUUCUUGUUGCCCAGACAUGGCAUUCUCGUUUGAGGCUCGUCUAGCCCGACAAACAAUGGCUGAUCAGUCCUGCGAGUCUAACACUGUGUAG